AUAUAUAAUGCACAUCUGCAAUCAUGAUUUUCCAAUUCAUAAAUAUUUGAAGAACCGCCAUGGGAGAGAAAGAAAACCUGGCGCCAAGUUCAGUGGACUCUGUUUCAGUGCAGAAACCGCCGCACUUCGUUCUCGUUCAUGGCAUAAGUGGAGGAGGAUGGUGCUGGUACAAAAUCAGAUGUUUAAUGGAGAAUUCUGGCUUCAAAGUUACCUGUAUUGAUCUCAAAGGCGCCGGAAUCGAUCGCUCCGAUCCGAAUUCCGUCCUCAAAUUCGACGAUUACAAUAAGCCUCUCCUCGAUUUCAUCUCUAGUUUACCGGAAAACGAACAGAUCAUUCUGGUUGGACAUAGCGCUGGAGGUUUAAGUAUUACUCAAGCGACGCUCAAAUUCGCGAAGAAAAUCCGGUUGGCGGUGUAUGUAGCAGCGACGAUGCUGAGAUUUGGUUUCCAGACUGAUCGAGAUUUCAAAGACGGAGUGCCAGAUUUAUCCGAGUUUGGGGAUGUUUACGACGUAGAAUUUGGACUAGGACCCCAACAACCUCCCACCACUGCUGUCAUCAAGAGGGAAUUCCAACGUAAAAUCAUCUAUCACAUGAGUCCCCACGAGGAUUCGACAUUAGCCGCCAUGCUUCUGAGGCCAGGGCCAAUCCUAGCGUUAAAGACCGCACAGUUUAUGGAGGAGCAGGACGGGGCCGAUAAGGUGAAACGAGUGUAUAUAAGAACAAUGUAUGAUCGAGUAAUAAAACCAGAGCAACAAGAUGCCAUGAUAAAGGGAUGGCCACCCGAAAUCGUAUAUGAAAUGGAUACUGAUCACAGCCCCUUUUUCUCCGAUCCAUCCCUACUCUUUGGCUUGCUUGUAAAAAGCUGUAGCCUAAGUAUGGGAUGUAACUAAACAAAACAAAGGGGAGUAGCCUAAGUAUGGGAUGUAACUAAACAAAACAAAGGGGAGGGACAUUUUUUUCUUUUUUCUUCCUUUCUUUCUCCUCCCUAAAAUAAGAAAACAUUAUCUCAUAUUCUUGUGAUUCAACAAUAAAAACUACAAUUAUAAGCUUCGUAAUUGUUUCAAA